GUUUCUGACGCUUGCAUUUCUUGGAACACUGACCCAAGGAACCUCUCAUGUGGGUCUUACAGCGGAUGAUGCAUGCCUUGGAAGUGACACAGGUGCCUGCAGCUUGCACGCUUUGCAAGUGGGUUUGCAGAGCAAGAGCCCCCGGGGCGAGAGAGUCAUCACCAUUGGUCUGGGUAGUGAGACGCAGACACCAGGCAGUUUUGCAGGUGAACCUCCUGAGCAAGUGAACCAGGUACUUCAGCGUGCUCAGCGGGUAUUGCGCGAUCUGCUUCACCCAGUGGCAGGACAUUUAAAUUUCCAUCUUGCAACUUCUGCUUUGGAGGUGGAUCCCAUCCUCCAGGAAGCAGCGGAGAAAUAUCCGCAGCCCAAGGGUAUGACUAUGGAUACCUGGAUCAAGACGCUCCAGUCACAGAGAAUGAAUGACCCUGCCUUUGCAGCGGCGGAAUAUCAGAGGCAGAAAAUCCUCAUCGUCGGCUUCAUCAUCGUUACCAUUUUGCCAUUGCUCAUUGUAAAUAUUGAGAAACGGUCAAAGUCAUCGCAGCCUUUUGAGACCCGGCCUCAAACCAGCUUGAAGAUCACGCAGAAGGAGCUGAGUGAGCACAGCACCACCUCCUCGUUGUGGCUCUCCAUUGGUGGAGUGGUGUGUGAUGUUACAGACUUUUUGAUGCUUCAUCCUGGUGGGAAUGAGGUGCUCUUACAGUACGGCGGCCAAGAGGCCGCUGAAGCUUUUGAGGAGGUGGGCCAUUCUGACUUUGCACGAAAGAUGCUUCAAGAAAAAGCGAUUGGAGUGCUGGUGGACGGCAACUCAUCUUUGCAAAGCACUGCCGGGACGAGUCUUUUGGGCCGACUUUUCACCCGAGAGGAUGGCUUCAACAUCCACAAAGUGUUGGGCUUCAGUGUUUUGCUGCAUGUCUUCUAUAGGAUUUACACCCAGCUCGCCUGGCAGUGGGACGGCGGCUUCAGUUCUGGAUGGGUAGACCUAGCGCUCUGCUGGUUGAGCAUUGCGCUCCAGUCGACAUCAUAUUUCUUUGAGGUGCCCCGCGCUCGUUUGUUGGGGAGUCCCAUGAUUUGGCAAGAGUGGCGAGCGCACAAUUAUAUUUUUGUUUUGCGGCAUGUCCUGGGAUUCACAAUUUGCUGGGGCUAUUUGCGCUGGGUCAACAUCAGCAACAAAAUUGCUGGAACAUUGCUGUCCUUGUCUAUGUUUGCGGUGCUCUAUGGUCAGCUCUAUUCAGUGGAUGUCAUCACAGCCUAUAUCCGGGAGGAUAAGCACACCAGUCUCACGGCUUCGUGGCCAUUUUGGGAGGGCUGUCCUAUUUGGCUGGAAAAAGCCAUCAAAUGGUACUACACCAUCGCACAGUUUCAGGCAAGCACCCUGCUGAUCAUGACGGGCACUGACCUGUAUGCCAAGUACAUGGUCAUUUUCCCCUUUCAGUUCGCCUCCUUUUUGAUGACCUUAGUCAGGAAAGGUAUUAUCACCACCAAAGGCUUUCAUGCCGGAUACCUUUGGAGUUUGUGGAUGGUGGUUUGGCUGAUUCUUAAGUGCGACGUGGUCACCACUGUUGCCACUUGGGCCAUGUGGAUUUGUCUCUAUUUCUUUCGUUCAAACGGUCUCUCGAAAUAUGCCUUGUGGCUGGGACCUUUCAUGCCACAGCUGCUGAUGUAUUUCGAACUGAUGCCAACAAGCAAUAUCUUGCAAUUUCCGGUGAUGCUCAUCACGUGGCUGAUUUGCAUGACCAUCCAGAAGGUCUUCAUGGGUUUCGCCACAGAAACCCGCGCCCGGCGCUUUUUGGAGGCCCGGAGGAAGCCCCUGAAGCUGGUUGCCAAAGAGAAGGUGAACAAUGCUUUCUAUCUGCUGAAGUUUGAGAUCCCUGCCGGAUACACUGCGGGGAUCAACCCUGGGCAGCAUGUGAAGGUCCAUGUGCCCAACAUCUCGAAGGAUCAGCCUACGUGGAACACACAUAUGAACCUGGAGGAGCCUGUAGACCAGCUGAGCAGAUCCUAUACACCUGUGUCAGCAACGACAUCUCCUACCAUGGACCUGAUGAUUCGUCUGUAUCCGAAGGAUCCACAGCGUGGCUUUCCUGAUGGAGGUCGUGCCAGCACUUUUUUGAUCGAUCAGCUGAAAAUUGGGCAGAAGAUGUCUCUGACAGGGCCCCAUGGUCAUCAGCUCUAUUUUGGCCAAAGCCGCUUCUUGGUGGGAAAGGACAUCAUCACAGCUCGCGCGUGCGGCGCCCUUGCGGGUGGCUCCGGCAUCACUCCUGUGAUCAGCACAUUGCAAGAUAUUUGGCAGGAAGGUCGCCGCGACAUCCGUGAUCGAGAUCAACGAAUCAUGGGUGAAACAACAGUGAGGAUGGAUGAGUUCGCAGUGCUUCACGUCACGCGCAAGGCAUCAGAGGCCUUGCCCUCGUCCUGGUAUGAGCCAGGCAAAGGAUCUGGUGAUGUGACACCCAUCCGGGUCUCGCACGUUGUUACGUCGGAGACCAGCAAGGUGACUGUUCCAGGAACAGGGAAUUCCUGGGCUGGCAAGCUGACUGUCGAAAUGGUUCAGCAAUCUCUGCCAGCUCCUGCUGAUGAUGUGGUGAUCUUUGUGUGCGGACCACAAGGUUUCAAUGAAUCCUUGUGUCGGCCAAUGCUCCAAAAGCUGGGAUACAAACAUGUUGUAAUGCUGCAAUGA